AUGAACAAAACUCACCCCCAGAGGAAUGGUGAUGUAGCUCCUUUUGAUCCAGCAAAGUCCUUCUCUGAAGAAAGAGGCUGCUGCCAGCCGCAUGGGGCCUGCCUGUGCUGGCCGCCGAGAUGUGUCUGUGUCACCGUGCUGGUGCUGCUCCUCUUGGCUGCCACGGCGGCCAUCGUGGGCCUGGCAGUGGUGCUGGGGCUCCCACCACACUCCCCAGCGAACCGCCUCUGUGCAGCCUCCAAUAACCGGACAGGCUUCUUGUGUGAUGACAGAGUGACUUGCAUCCCAGCCAGCCAGGUCUGUGAUGGAACCACCAACUGCAGAGACGGAGAGGAUGAGCAGGAGAAACUCUGUGGCGACCUGCCCCGCAGCCUCCCGGCCUACCUGGUUUUCCGCUGCGGUAACCCUGCACACUGGGUCUAUGCUGACAAGAGAUGCAAUGGGAUGAACGACUGCGGGGACUGUUCCGACGAGAUGGGGAGCUUGGCCACCUGCCCUCCGUGCGGGUCAGCGUGGUGGAGCUGCAGCCCCGUGUUCUACGAGUACUGCGCCUGCGUGCCCAGGUCACUGUGCCGCGACGGCAUCCAGCAUUGCACCAGCUGGUCCGACGAGUACCUCUGCACACCGUGA